GCAGUUAUCGCCCUUGAUAGGAGCUCUUGUACCUCAUUUAUGCCGAACUGAAACAUGGCUCUGCGACUUCCAAGUUUUCUUAGGACGUUUGGAACGUUCGGUGUACGAGCUAUGAGCACAGGAGAUGCUGGCUCUGGUGCAGGAAAGGGUGGUGGCACUGGAGGCGCCAUUAGAGAUGCUGGUGGUAGUUUCGGAAAGAUGGAAGCUGCACAUGAAGAACAAUACAUGAGAAAACUGGCACAGGAACAGUUGAAAAGUCUGAAGGACCACCACGAGACGGAGAUCAAGCAACACGAAGAAGCAAUCAGGAGACACAAGGAAAACAUCAAGAAGUUGAAAAGUGAUGGUGGGAGUGAUAGCGACAGUGACUGAUAUGUGAAGAUGUGUCCAAGGUCCUCCGGUAUAACUGCGAGGGUCCCAGGUCCUCUCGGGUUACUGGGAGGUGGUCAUGUGUGAAUUAGUGUUUCAGAAAAUGGAACGAGUGACUGGUUAAUUUAAACACACUUUUGUAAUAAAUGUGCCCAAGAUAUCUUCGACUUCUGUUGUUUAUAUGUAUAUGGAGACAAAGAAAAAAAUUGGCACAGGAACUCAAAGGAAAUGGACAUUAUUUAGUGGGGAACCAAAUUUUGUUUUUAAUCCAAUAUUAGGUGUUUUAAUAUCCCAUCCAAACAUUAUUAAUAUUUGCGGAAUAUUUUUUAAAAGGAUAUACUGUAUGUGCUUUCUUACUUUUGAGACAUACUGCUCAUUUCUUCACGCGGUGCAUUGUUAAUUAGUAAGGUACAAUACUGUAUGAUUUAUGAUUUGAUGACAGAUAAUGAAUGUAUACAAUGCUAAAGAACAUCAAGGGAGAUAACUAUAGAAUCACCAGUACUCAUGAGAUGUACACAUGAAUCUUGUAGUAUUUAGUCAGAAUUCCUUCAGUCAAGCUAUCGUAGUGUUUGUACCGAUAUUAAAAAUAUUUUUGUUUCAA